CUUAGUAUUAAUUCUGCUUUACGAUAUACAUGUUACAUGAAUGAUUGAAUUGACGAAGUAUAUAUACAAAGAAAGCAGCUGAUUUUCCAGCAUUAAAAGAACGGCGAGAGUGUUUUCGUGUGGAGUAAUUGUCAAUUGACCAAAUAAAACAGCUGUGCGCGAAUUUUGUGACUGGUUUUAAACAUAAACAAGUGGAACGAUAACAAACAUAGUGUUAUCGGUAUUCAUUAACUAUAUCGCAGUUCAGUGAAUUAAUUCGGUUCACUGUGAUAAAUAAAAAUAGGAAACAAAUUAAUUUGAAAUCACAAAAAAAAUGAAUAAAGGCGACAGAAAAACCAAUCAAAAAGACAACCCGCUUGAGAGAGCAAACAUAUUAUCCCAGUUAUUAUAUUGGUGGACGAAAGAUAUGUUUAAACUUGGAAUGGAAGGACCGAUACCACCCGACGAAAUUUACAAACCAAAGUCGUCGCUAGAAAGUAAAAAGAUAACACAAAAGUUCAUCGAAAACUGGUCGGAUGAAUUAAAAUGCAAAAGUCCGAAUUUAUUGAGGGCAAUUUUCAGAAUGUACGGAGCUCCGGUGUUAUUUUGGGGACUGUCGUUUAGCUUUUUGGAGAGUGCAAUGAAGGUUGUUCAACCACUGUGCUUAGGCGGUUUAGUGGCAUAUUUCGCAGCCGAUCAAACACACAUAUCGAAAACCGAUGCCUACUGGUACGCUGGUGGUAUCGUUUUUUCUUCGGCAGUGUCGGUGAUCACUUUUCACCCAUUUAUCCUAUACAUUUUUGAGACUGGCGCAAGAAUCCGACUGGGUUGCUCGAGUUUGGUGUAUCGUAAGACAUUAGAUCUCUCCAAGUGUGCCGUAUAUGACGGUCUGAAUGGACAAGUGAUGAAUCUCAUUGGGAAUGAUGUACAGCGAUUUGAAUUGGCUAUGGCAUUCCUUCACGACACCUGGAAAGGACCCGUAGAGGCAUUAUUAUUUGGAUAUUUCAUCUACCAGCAGAUCGGUUUGGCCGGUGUAAUUGGAAUGGCAUUUUUGUUGUCGUUUGUUCCGAUACAAGUUUACAUUGGAAAGAAAUCAGCACAGCUACGUCUACGAACAGCGGAGCGCACAGAUUUCCGAGUUAAGAUUAUGAAUGAAAUUGUGUUGGGCAUUCAGGUGAUUAAAAUGUAUGCCUGGGAAAAGUCGUUUGCUACGAUGGUGGACAAAAUACGAAGAAACGAAGUGAAUGUGAUACGCGGCACAGCAUACAUUAGAGCAACGUUGUCUUCAUUCGGAAUGAUAUCAAGACUGUCAAUAUUUAUCAGCUUGGUAACGUACAUUUUCUUGGGCAAUGUGAUCACAGCGCAAAAGGUUUUCGUUGUCUUCUCAUUUUUCAACAUUCUCAACUUGUCAAUGGUGUACUUCUGGCCUAUUGCCCUAACUAAUGUCGCAGAGGGAUACAUAUCAGUGAAACGAAUACAGGAAUUCCUUUUAACUAGCGAAAAGAAGCCAACUGGACUAGACGGUGAAAAGGUUGAUGGCGGCAAAGGUGACCUAGUCGAUGAAAAAGAUGGCAGGAAAUUGCCUCGUGAAAAUGGAGCACCCGAAACUGUUGAAAUUUCCAAUCUUUCAAGAUCGAGACGAAUUGUCGAUUCGGAUGCAAAACUGAAAGGCAUCGUCAUGAAAAAUGUAACCGCAACGUGGAAUCGCGGCGACAAACAGGACGCAGGAAUUUAUGACUUCGAUUUAGUCGUACCAAAUGGAUCCUUAUGUGCCGUAGUCGGACCAGUCGGUUCAGGUAAAUCAACAUUACUCAAUGUCCUCAUCGGAGAACUAGAUGUAGACCGCGGUGACUGCUUAAUUAAUGGAACAGUAAGCUAUGCCUCACAGGAGACUUGGCUGUUUGGAGGAACCGUCAGGAGUAACAUAAUUUUCAUCGAAGAGUUCGAUCAAAAGCGUUACAAAGAAGUUGUACGAGUGUGCGGCUUGGAAAGAGACUUAAAACUGAUGCCGAACGGCGAUAUGACAAUCGUUGGUGAACGAGGCAUUAGUUUAAGUGGCGGCCAAAAGGCUCGAAUAAGUUUAGCCCGAGCUGUGUACAAGCAGGCCGAUAUUUAUCUACUGGACGAUCCACUAUCGGCUGUGGAUUCGCAUGUUGGCAAACAUUUGUUCCAGGAGUGCAUUCAACAAUUUCUGAAAAACAAAAUCUGUGUACUGGUGACGCAUCAGUUACAGUAUUUGAAAGACGUCAAUCACUUGGUAUUGAUGUACCAUGGACGUGUUGAGAGCCAAGGUACGUACGGGGACGUACAACAAAGUUCUGCGGAAUCAUUCCUCGCCACCCAUGCAAUCGAUGAAAGCGGAAGUGAGGAAUCCAAGACGAAACGACGACGCACUUCAUCCUCAACAUCGUUACUGAGCGAGAGUGGCGUGGAUAAGAUUGAUGAACGCGAAGAAUUGCAAGCGGUCGGUGCUGUUCAGUUGAGUGUUUACACAUCGUAUUUCAAGGCUGUCGAAAGUGUAGCAUACCUAGUGUUCAUGGUGGUGAUGUUUGUUUGCUGUCAAUGCCUCGUCAGUGCGGUUGAUCUCUACAUAUCCCAAUGGUCGAAUUGGGAGGAAAGUAUUGGCGCUAAUUCAAUCAAUGCAACGCAGAUUUUAAGAGAUGAUGUCCAACAAAGCCGGCUUACAUACAUUAUCACCUAUGCCAUCCUGAUGGCCGUUGCGACAUAUGUGUACGUUCAUCGAACAUUCGCUUUCUUUUUUAUGUGCCUGAGAGCCUCAAUGAAACUGCACGAUAAACUCUUUCGAGGAGUUACGAGAGCUGCGAUGUUCUUUUAUAACAACAAUCCGUCCGGGCGAAUUCUAAAUCGCUUUUCGAGGGAUAUAAGCCACAUCGACACACAAUUGCCACCGUCCCUAAUCGAUUGUCUUUCGUUCUUUUUUGGAUUUUUUGCAAGUAUGGUCAUUGUGGCGAUUGCAAAUUAUUGGCUGCUGAUACCGACAUUCGUCAUGACAAUUUUCUUCUACAUCCUUCGCUACGUUUACAUCAGCACAGCUAGAAGUAUCAAACGCUUGGAAUCGUUAACUCUUAGUCCAAUUUACUCUCACAUCAAUGGUACCCUGCAAGGACUUUCAACUGUGCGCGCAUUCAAAGCCGAGCAUGUCCUUAAAUCGGAAUUCUAUGUUCAUUCUGACUUUAACACCGGCGUAGCCCAUUUAAGGAUGGUAGCAAGUCGAGCCUUCGCAUUUUGGCUAGACGUUGUGUGUGUUUUCUACAUUGCUGUCGUCACAUUUAGCUUUGUAGUCAUGGAUAAUGAUAACGCUACAAGCGGUAACAUUGGCUUGGCCAUACUUCAUUGCAUCAAUUUAAUCGGAAUGUGUCAAUGGGGCAUGCGACAAACGGCCGAAAUCGAAAGUCAAAUGACAUCGGUGGAACGAGUAAUGGAAUAUGCAGAUCUGAAGUCAGAGGCAGCACUGGAAUCCGAGCCAAAGUAUCGACCAUCUCUAAAUUGGCCAUGCGACGGUGAGAUCAUAUUCAACGAUCUGAAUUUCAAAUACUCGGAGAAUGGCGAAUUCGUGCUGAAAAAUCUGAAUUUGCGUAUCCAGCCGAGAGAAAAGGUUGGCAUUGUUGGCAGGACAGGAGCAGGCAAGAGUUCAAUUGUUCAGGCCAUAUUCAGAUUGGCCGACUUGAAUGGAGAAAUAAUAAUCGAUGGCAUCGUUACCAACACGCUGGGCCUGCAUGAUUUGCGAAAGAAGAUUUCAAUUAUUCCACAAGAUCCGAUCCUCUUUUCGGGAACAUUGAGAUUCAACUUAGAUCCCUUCGACGAGCACAACGACGAGAAAAUAUGGGACGCAUUGGAGCAGGUCGAACUCAAAUCGUUUGUGUCAUCCUCUCUGAACGGUUUGGACUGUAAAAUGAUGGACGGUGGUUCGAAUUUCAGCAUGGGUCAACGACAACUUGUCUGUCUUGCACGUGCCAUUUUACGCAACAACAAAAUCCUCAUUUGCGACGAGGCCACGGCGAAUGUAGAUCCUGAAACAGAUAAACUUAUUCAGACCACCAUCCGAAAGAAAUUCUCCGACUGUUCCGUAUUAACCAUUGCGCAUCGAUUGCAUACGGUUAUGGACAAUGACAGGAUACUGGUUAUUGAUGCUGGUAAUGCGGUGGAAUUUGGUCAUCCAUACGAAUUGCUGCAACGAUCCGAUGGUCAUCUGAGAAAAUUGGUGGACCAAACGGGAACAGCGACAGCAGAUAUAUUGAUGAGAAUCGCGGCUGAGAGUUUCUCGAAGAAAUGAGUGCCUUACUGCCUUACAAACGAAAGAUGCACCAAUAACUCCACAUGUAAAAUUGAACUGCUCGAGUUAGUCGUACUUAAUUUUAAAAAUUUUUAAUUUAAGUUUUGAGAAGAUCAAAACUAUGUUUCCUAUUGUGCUUUCAAGUAUAUCGUGAUUACGAAUAUACUUCGACUAAUUAGAGUAGUAAAUAAAAGACACAAAACCAAAUUUAAA